AUGUUCUCCAAGAUCUUCACCACCGCUCUCCUUGUCGCCGCCACCGUCUCUGCGGCCCCGGCCUCCAAGACCACCCGUGACUACCCCGACAAGACCGUCACCCUGACCGGCGUGACCCACUCCGUCAACGCCGGCCUGGGCGGACUCCGCUUCGAUCCCGACAACGUCGUCGCCGAGAUCGGCGACAUCAUCGAGUGGCACUUCCUCCCCAUGAACCACUCCGUCGCGCAGUCCAGCUUCGGCGAGCCCUGCAAGCCCCUCGCCGACAACACCGGCUUCUUCGCCGGCUUCAACUUCGCCACCAAGGAGGGCCAGGCUCCCGAUGUCUUCCAGCUUACCGUCGAGGACAAGAAGCCCAUCUGGUACUACUGCCCUCAGCAGAAGGGCAACCACUGCCAGGCCGGCAUGGUUGGUGUCAUCAACCAGAAUUUUGACAACCAGGACUUUAGCCUGCGUCGCCACAAGGAGCUUGCUGCCUUGACUGGGGUGUCGGUUAUUCCUCCUGUUGAGCAGGGCGGAGAGGUUGGCCCUAACCCCAACCCCAACGGUGGCUUCUAA